AUGUCUACUCCUACCAAGUCUGGCGCAAAUGGAUCCGGCGAAAAGCUCGAGCUGAACCAGCGCGAGAUCGAGGUCAUGGCCAUGGCAUUCAUGUGCAUCAGCGAUGUCAAAGACGGCGUGCCCCAGGUGGACGCUAAGAAGCUCGCCAAGAUCGGCAAUUACGCCAGCGCUGACUCUGCUCGUCACAUCUGGAGACCCAUCCAGAAGAAGCUCAUGGCCCAUGCCAGCGGUGAAGGCGACGGCUCUCCCUUCAUAGCCACUUCUACUAGAGGCAGGGGUACUCCCAAGAAGCGCAAGGCCGACGGCGAGGCUGGCGAAGGUACUCCCACUAAGAAGCCCCGCGGCAAAAAGGCCUCUAAGGUCGUACCCAAGAAGGAGGAGAUCGAGGACUACAUUGACGAGGAACUGGCCGAUGGCGAGGCUUAG